AUGUGCAAGGCCGGUUUAGCUGGUGAUGACGCAUCACAAGCUGUCUUCCCAUCAAUUGUUGGAAGACCAAAACAAGUCUCAGUAAUGGUUGGUAUGGGCAACAAGGACACUUAUGUUGGAGAUGAAGCACAAUCAAAGAGAGGUAUCUUGACUUUGAAGUACCCAAUUGAGCACGGCAUUGUCAACAACUGGGACGAUAUGGAGAAGAUCUGGCACCACACUUUCUACAACGAGCUCAGAAUUGCACCAGAAGAGCAUUCAGUCCUCUUGACCGAAGCCCCAAUGAACCCAAAGGCUAACAGAGAAAAGAUGACACAAAUCAUGUUCAAGACUUUCAACGUCCCAGCCAUGUACGUUGAAUUGGGGCGUUCUUUCAUUGUACGCCAUUGA